UUAUGUAAACAAACCAACGUGUCAACAAACUUCAACAGAAAAACAACACGAUUCAGCAAAAUAUUUUUUUACGGUGUAAUGCUUCGAUAUAUUGGUCCAAUCAAAUAGUAUUCCACGAUCAGUCGAGUGCUAUUUUUCCGUUAAACAUAAAACAGUUGCUUGUACGAAAUGAUAAAUUGCCUUAUCAGAAUAAAUGCGAUUGCAGUUUUUGUUGCCAUUGUCGUGUCGGGUCAACAGGACGAUAAUCUGCUGUUGGUUGUGUCGUUCGAUGCAUUUCGUCCGGAAUACUUUAAUCGGGAUGUAACUCCAUUCAUGAAUGAUUUGAGAAAAAAGGGAUCAUACACGGAAUAUCUACGUAAUGUCUUUCCGACCAAGACGUUCACCAAUCAUCACACCAUAUCGACGGGAAUGUUCCCAGAAGAGCACGGUGUAUUGGGUAACACAUUGUACGAUGCAAAACUGAAGAAAGAACUGAAAUACGGAUACGAACUGUUUCACUACAAGGAGGAUAUUAUGCCGAUUUGGGCACUCAAUCAAAGGUAUGGUCGUCAUUCCGGGUGUAUGAUGUGGCCUGGUACUGAUUUUCCAUACGGAGGUCAAACGUGUGAUUUCACAAUCAAAUUCAAUAUGUCGGCACCGUGGACGGAAAGGGUUGACAAGGGUAUAUCUUGGUUCAAAGACCCAGACACUCCAGCCAAUUUUGUGAUGAUGUACUUUGAAGAGCCAGAUUAUUUCGGUCAUGCAUUUUCCCCUGAAUCGCAAGUGAUAACGGACAUGGUCCAGAAAAUGGACGAGCUCACCGAGUACAUUGAGGAGAAAUUAAUUUCGGAAAAUCUACGCAGUCGAAUGAACGUGAUCUAUCUGAGUGAUCAUGGAAUGGAGAGUGUUUCAUCGCCGAAUUUUAUCAAUUUUACAUCAUACCUCGAGCGUGGAACAUAUCAGUUUUAUGGGUCGUCGCCAGUAGUGCAAAUUAUACCGCAAGACGGUAAAUACAACAUCACAUUGGAUAGAUUGAAAAAGGCUGCCGCAAAAAAUGGACACUUUAACGCAUAUUCCAACGAAGAGCUUCCCAAGCGGUGGCAUGUUCAAAAUACGGAUCGUAUGGGUCCGAUAACUGUGGUAGCAGAUGAAAAAUAUGCUUUCCAAGACAUGUACGACAAUGCCAUUUAUUACGAGAAGGCCUUCAACAUAUCAAUUUCGCCGACCCAAAAGUAUGGUAUUCACGGCUACGACAACGAGUAUCCAUCGAUGAGAGCCAUUUUCUUUGCAAACGGUCCAAAAUUCCGGAAACAGUAUUUGCAUCCACCGUUCGACAAUUUGGAUUUGUUUAAUUUGAUUUGUCUGAUUCUGGACAUGAAGCCUACGCGAAACAAUGGUACCGUGGAAAAUGUUCGUGAUUUGUUGGUCGAUUCGGUGCCGGAAUCAAGUGGACACAAUAUGGUACUUGGCAUCUCUUUAGCAGCACUUUCGCUGGUGCUUUUAGUCGCCCUUUUCAUAAGCUAUCGGAUGUAUCGAAAACGGCACACAAUAAAGCAUUACACUUUGGACAAUGAAACAGGCGAUGCACCAGAGGCGUAACUAAACACAACACCCAGUACAAAUGUAGAGUGAACAAAAAAUCCUGUAAAUAAUUUCCCAUUUUUUUUUAAUGAAUAACAAAAGUGCAAACCCUUAUCAGCUGUUGCCAUUUUUGCGAGUAAUUUAUUCAAAUUGUCGAUUUGUCAUCACCUAAUUGUUUUGCGUGAGAAGGACAAAGAAGAAAACAGUUUGUAAUAAAUUUAAGAAGAUUUGUAUUUCGUUUUGUAGGCACAGUAGCAAGCCGUUUGGCGAACCAUGGGUUGUAAAACAAAACUAAAUUUUUCCUUUUUACAAGACAAAUAGAGAGAGAGAGAGAUGGGAGAGAGAGAACACGUGUGAUAUUUCCAGUUAGAGCCAAUUUUAGUGAUUGACGAGUUGUGUGAUUUCCUUUUUUUAAUGUAAAUAAAAUGAUUUCGAUCGAAAA